AUGCGCGAAAGCGCCGUGCGGUCUGAACUUUUGAAGAAUAUCUUUCCUUUAAGGCUGCGUUCGCGCGGUGAGAAAUGGAUUUUGAACAAUAAGAUGAGUGUUGUGGAUAGGGAGAUUGGCAUGAGCGCUUACUCGGAUCUAAAUCUGCGCAAAUCUGGCCUUUAUCCGGUGAGCGUGAAAGAAGCUUAUCUCAAGGGAUACUUCACUCGAGUCUCAUUGAUGAGAUGCUAA